CGGGGGAGCGUUACGUAGUGUCGGUUUGGUAUUCCCGAAGCGCGGCGGUUGCGUUGCUCUGCCUUGUGCCUGCCUGCGGCGUUGGCGUAGCGGCCGCAGUUGGCGUAGCGCAGACAGAGGUGGCUGUGGCGGGGAGCAGCGGCGGCGGUGGCGGCCGGGAGAGGAGCGGGCAGGAGGUGCGAGCAGGGCCAGGCCGGGCAGGAACCGGGCCGGGACCGGGCCGCAGGCUGACCCGGAGACCUGUAUCAAGGAGUUGCACAAGAGGAGGAGAGAAACUGGAAGCUCUCUGAACGUGCUGACUGCAGACUUAAGCCUUCUUCAGAGACUCAGGACCACUUCCCACAAGAGAUGCUUUCUGGAGGGGUUGUGCUGAAGACAGAGCACUGCAACCUCUAACUGGGACAGCUCCUGCUGGUCUGGAGCUGAGACCGACUUCUCUCCUUCCCUUUUCCCUUGGAGAUGUUGCAGAGAUUUAAUCUGACCUCUUCCUCCUCACCUGAAGCCUGCCGUGGCGAUGAUCCCGCAGCCAGAUCCGACCACCAAAGAGAAGAGAAUUGUGCGUUUGAAGCUGGGCCGUCAUUGUAACUGAACUGGAAUCUACUCCCUGCUUGCGCUUCUGGAACGAGUGCUGUUCCUCCGCUUGUCUGUGUGUGUUUUGAGCCGCUCCUCCCUCAUCUUGUUUGGAAUUCCUGGGCUUUCCACGCUGAAUUUGCCCAUGGCUUUCCUGAUGAAGAAAAAGAAAUUCAAAUUUCAGACAAGUUUCACUCUAGAAGAGCUGACUGCUGUCCCCUUUGUGAAUGGGGUUCUGUUCUGCAAAAUCAGGCUGCUGGAUGGAGGAGACUUUGCCAGCUUAUCUACCAGAGAGGAAGUUCAGGAAAACUGUGUCCGCUGGAAAAAGAAAUUCACCUUUGUGUGUAAAAUGAGUGCCAACCCAGCCACAGGACUCCUGGACCCCUGUGUCUGCAGAGUGUCUGUCCGCAAGGAGCUGAAGGGCGGAAAAACCUACUCAAAGCUGGGCUUUGCUGAUCUAAAUCUGGCAGAAUUUGCGGGCUCUGGAUCCACCGUCCGUUGCUGCUUGCUGGAAGGAUACGAUACUAAGAACACCCGACAGGACAACUCCAUCCUAAAGGUCACAAUCGGAAUGUCCCUGCUGUCGGGAGACCCCUGCUUCAAAACACCUCCUUCCACCGCCAAAUCCAUCUCCAUCCCGGGUCAGGACUCGACCCUGCAGCUGACCUGUAAGGGCGAGGGAACCACGAGCAGCAGCAGCAGCAGUUCCGCCGCGAUCGGCUCUCUGCGCCAGGCCAAGCCAAGAGCUGCCAUCCUUAGCUCAGGUGUCCCAGAAGAACCGGAUCAGAACCUGUCCAGCCCAGAGGAAGUUUUCCACUCGGGGCACUCACGGAACUCCAGCUACGCCAGCCAGCAGUCCAAGAUCUCCGGUUACAGCACGGAGCACUCCCGCUCUUCUAGCAUGUCCGACUUGACCCAUCGCCGGAACACCUCCACCAGCAGCAGCGCGUCCGGGGGGCUCAGCAUGACGGUGGAGUGUCCUGAGGGGGAGCGGGACCACAAACUAGAGAAGCCACCUCGCCCCCCCAGACCAGCCCUUCUGCUGGACAGACCCUCCCGGAGGAAAAAGGAUUCGGUAGAGAGUCACCCAACCCGAGUGGAUGACACCAGGAUCGAUGCUGGUGAUAUAGUGGAGAAAAUAAUGCAGAGUCAGGACUUCACAGAUGUCAGCAAUACUGAAGACAGUAACCUGAGGUUGUUUGUGAGCAGAGAUGGAACAACUACAUUGAGUGGUAUUCAGCUGGGAAACAGGGUCUCAUCUGGAGUUUACGAGCCAGUGGUGAUUGAAACCCACUAAAUGUGAAGAACAGGGUAGAGCUGCUGGAAACAGGCCCCCUACCCCGUCCGCUGCCACAUGGUUGCCAACCUUUACCUCUCUUCAUGCAGCAUUCCAGAAGGGAUUUCUCCACAACCCUCCCCAUACAUUUGCACUGCAGAACUGCUCCGAGACCGCUCCAGAUCAUGCACUUUCCCUGUGUUGGCAUUACCCUUCUCCGCUUCCCAAUUCUUCCAGUGCCUGCCUUCCCCCCGUUCCUGAUCAGACAUGAGGUGUCUGUUGGGUUUAUCCUUAGUCCUCGAGGAUGUUGCUCAUCUGCAUCCCUCACUCCACCCGUUCACUUGCAACAGGGGACUUCUCAGCUUCUGUCUCCUCAAAGCGUUGGGUUAUACCACUGUGAACUCUUCAAACCACUGGGGGAGGGGGAAACGAUUCUAACCAAACUGAGAGCUGCUUGUUGGUGACACAGUGAAAUGGCCACUUGCAGGACGCUUGAUCCCGUUGACUCUGCAAAGGAACCUUCACCUUCCAAGGCAACGGUUUAACUGAACAAGGUAUGCUAUGGUGUGCACUUCACCUUCCUGCUCUCAAAUCCCCAAACAUCCUCUUCUCAUAGGAAAUAUCUCCCAAAAGUGCAUUUCAGAAAACUACCGCAAUCCAGAUGGGAGUUGAUAAAACGGUUAAAUGCUAAUGCUUGUUAUACCACUAACUGCAUCACACCCUUCCACUGCUGGGCAUGGGAGGGCCGUGUUCAUCCAUCAGCAUUAGCAGGAGCACUUUAGAGGUUCCAGAUUUUACCUGGAGGAGGCUUCUACUUGCUGUUCCAGGAGCAUAAUCCCCGUUCGCUGGACUGAUUCAGCAAAUAGUCACUGUUGGAGCUUGGAAUACAAAGCCUCUGUUUUCUUUUUUUCUCUUUUUUUUUUUGGCUCAGGAAGGGAACUGCCCUUCUUGGACUGUGAAAAGAAUCUGGUUAUCUGACAGGCCUCCCCUGGGCCAGAGCAGGACGCAGUUGGCUGCAGUGGCCAUUAUUAACAAUUCCCUCUCUCGCCCUGGGCCAGGGAGGGGAUUGGUGUUGGUUGCCCUGUCAGCAGGGGUCUGCGCCUGAGCUGGUUCCUUUUGGGAUUGGGGAGAAGCCACUGUCUCUGCCCUCAAAGGCAGAAGGGGUGUUUUCUGCUGCGUUAGCCACAGCAGCCACUCUUACCUGCUCCGUGGUGAAAGAACUCUUCUGACAAGGCUUCAAACUGUUUUCCGGUUGAUCUUUCGAUUUGCUCUUCUUUGGGUUUGGUUUCUGCAGUUGUGUGACGCUUCAGCUGCUGCUUUUCCGUGCAGUGUCUGACAGGGAGGUCGGUCCCUUUCAGCUCCCACUUAAGAGAUUCUCCUGGCAGCUGGAUUGCAGACGAGGAUCUGUACAGCAUGGACAGGCUGUGCUUGCAGCCCUUCCUUCCGAUAAGCUAUUUCUGUGUCGUGCCCUUUCCUCUCUUGUCCUCAGAGCAGUGGCACGUUCCUGGGCACAGCCGGGAAUGUGUCCCCCUCUGACACACUUGUCCCGUUCAGUAGGGAAAGACUUGUAACUGAUCACCUUGGUGUUCAAAUUAUUGGUUGUUGUAAAGCUUUUUUUUAAAGGAGAACUAAAAAAACAAGGAUUGUGGUCUCUGUGGCCAGAAUGCAUGCAGAUCAGCUGCUGGAAAAGGGAAUUUGACAGAAUGAGAAGCAAGGAAUGAAAAGUCCUUGAUUUAUAUUUUUUGUUGGCCCUGCUAGCUAAGGAUGGCUGCACAGGAGGUGCUGGGUGGUGUGGCACAGCUAUAUGGCUGCUUACUCGUGUUUUGACAGUUUCUCUCUUUGAGUCAAUUGGUUUCGUUCUGUGUUUGGACAGACCACCUAUAGGACAUGGAUCUUUUUCACCCUUUCCCUUCAAAGGGAAUUAUCUUUGGAUUAGGGUAAGAAGGGGCACAGGCAACACCUUGGUUUGGUGUUAACGUAGGGAACAUGCGUUGGAUCUUUGGGGUCUGUCUAGAACAAAAACUCUUUCGUGCUUGCUGGUGGUUUUUACUGGGAAUCUCUUCCCCAUUCAGCCUGGGUAGGUUUGGCACUUGAGAGCAGGCUGGUGAGCAUCCUGCCCUGUGCCCGGGGUGCUGCGUGUCUGCAGGAAGCAGAGAAUUUGGUUUUUCUCCCUCUCUGGGGCUCUGCCAGCAAUCCAGACCUGGCCUGACCCUCCGCUCAGGCAGCGUGGUGAUGGCCCUGCCGAGCUGGGGCUCUGGCUGCUCCACAGGGGCCAGCGAAGCCCCCCAGGAAAUUGGCUCCAGCCAGGACCCGAAAGGAGCAGAUGUAAGCCAGGAAGAGAGGCCAAAACCCAGCUCGCUUCUGCUGCUUUGCCCCUGUUCCCAUGAGAAACAGCGGUGGCUGUCAGAGCAGUUGGGAACCCAGCGUGUGCUUCUGGGCUUCCAGUGGCGACAGGCGGCUGCUCCGAGGUGCAGUGGGACAGAGGGAGGAAUCUCUUCCCAGAGAAGCAGUUGAGCUUUUUCAGAAAGCUGGUCUCAUCAUCCUGGGCUGGCAGAGGUGCAAUCUGCUCCAUCGCAUGGCUGCGGCCAACCUGGGCACAGCUCUGCCUUGGCCUCCCGCAGCUUGGCACAUCACUGCUUGCGUUUUUGAUAACUGUAUCUCGUAGGGCAUCUCUUCCUCAUCUCCACGUUGUUAUCGACUCCACAAAUCCUGGUAGCUUGUUCGCUCUCCUGCCCCUCGUUAGGAAUCAGAGAGCAGCCCGAGUUGUUCAGCCUGGUGCGCCCAGUGCAGACGCGGGGGGGAAGGAGCCUGUUCCCGUUUCUAGGUCCUGCGGAGCUCCCUCCCGCUGCACGUCCGUCCCGGGCGAUCCCCGGGCUCCCUGCCCGGCGGUGGCCACGCGAGCUGGUGGCGAUGGCACUGGGGUCGCUCGUCCCCCAGACUCGCUGCCAUCUCUCGGGGGGCUGCAUUUCACGAGCACUUUCUCCUUGUGGCAUCGCUGCCAUCUGCUCCUUCUUGGACUUUGAACAUUUAAGAAGUGAACCAGUUUCCAGACCCAAACCGCUGGCUACUUCCCUUUGGGUAUUUUUUCCUUUUGUCGUGAAGUUUAUUGAUUUUUUUUUUCUUUUAUACACCCAGCAGGCUGGUGUGGUUGUUUGUUUUGUUGUUUUGGGGGCGGUUUUUUUUGACUGCAUUAUUGUUUCAUGGAUAUUUUAUUUCGGGGGGGAGGGGGGAUGUUCUUCCCCACGUUGUUCCCCUUCUCAGGGGAUUCAGAGGUGGCUUAAAUAAAUAAAAGGCCCUUUAUUGGCGAGACUUUGUGUCCCCUGGGUUUCAGAGGCUGGCGAGCAGGGCUGCUCACGCCUGGCUGGCCCCGCAGAGCAGAGCUGGCUCUCUGCUCCGGUCUCGGGGCCAGACAAAACGUGUGGGCUCCGCUCACCCUGCGGCUGGACCUUCAGCUUGUGGAAACCCAUUGGGAAAUUCAAUGUAACUUUUUUACUAACUUUAAAAAAAAAAAAAAAUAAAAGUAUAUAAACUGAGUGUAUAUCCAAAAGAACAGGCUUAGUUGUGGCUUGGUGAAGGAGAUGGGUUUCAACUGGAAAUUGUGAUUGGAGAAAGGGGGAGAAGGAUGUUGCUCCUCCGUCUUCUUUUGCAAGGUCGGCGCUUUAGGUGGGGUCCUGGUGCUGUCCGGACCCUCGGUGCGAUAGCAGCAGGCGUGUGAUCUCUCCCCCCUCUUGUUGCCACAUCACUUUGCCCCCUGCAGAAACUUAAUAAGCCCUUUUAAACGUUUGCUUCAGUUUUUUAGAGGGUUCCAAACCAGGCUGAGACCUGAAGAAAUACGCAUUUCAUUCGCAUCUUAAUAGGAGGGGUUGACUCUUUUUUUUUUUAAUUUAUUUUGUCGUCGCUGUUUCUUUUUAAACUGGUGGCCGUGCAGCUGGACUCUGCACGUGCUGUUAUGAACCUCUGGGAAAUAAAACCUCACUCCAGGUACGCUAGAGCACAUAGGUUAAACACCCCUCCUGGAGAGGGGGCUGCAGAAAUUCCCCUCCUGCCCCGUCCCCUCAAGCUGAACGUGUUCUUGCUCUGGUGACUGAGCCCUGUGGACAAGGCUGGUCCCGGGGGGUGAAUCCCUACAAACACUGUGCCUGGUCGCAGGUGUUUCUCCUUGAAAAGCCACUUUUCUCGCUGGGGAUGGCGUUGAUAAGUGUAAAACUCCUCCCACAUCGUCCAUCGGCCCAUCCGAGCGCCCCCACAGCUCCACGUCGCGUCACCCCAGCCCUGUCAGGAGGGACCGGAGGUGAAAACCUGGGAAAUGAAAGAAGGAAUUUGGAUGAAGCUGUGAGCAAGAGGUGUGGCUGCGCCUCGUCACUUGCCUCAAACACGAGGAAUAACGGUAGAGCCCAUAUUUUUGUGGGGGGAGGGAGGAGAAGGGGAGAUCAUGUUUUAUUUUCUUGAGAGUUGAUUGAGCUUGGUGAUCUUCAGAUGAGGCGUGCACUUGAUUUAUAUCAGAUUCUAUAGAGAGAUGGCUGAUAUUUUUGGAAAGGGAAUGGGUCUAUGCAAACUUCCAAAAUUGCUUGAAAGAUAGUUUAACAUUUUUUUACUUUGAAAUCUAAAGAUAAAUUCUAACUUUUUUCUUAAAGCAGAAGUGCGUUUACAAAGAGAAGCUACUUCCACUGCUCUAUUUUGAUGAUGAUUCUUGGAAAGUUGGGGCUGGAGGGAAUGACUAUUUUUCACCAUUUUUAUCUUGCUCCUCUAGUUUUUUGUUUCUUUUUCUAAUGGAAUGCUGUGCCGUCUUUGAUUCAACAGAUCGUGUUUGUAUUUUCUGUAUCUGGUUCCUAACGUAGAGAAAUAACAAAUAUAUGAGGAAAUCAAUAUAAUGUCAAAUGUUGUUAUGGUUUGGGGGGGGGGG